AUGGAGUUUGUGAUCGUAUUCUAGUGGUGUCCGUUCGUUUGUUUCACUCUAAUAGUACCGCAGACUGGUAGUUGUUCAGCUAUCGAAUCGCCGCCGUGACCACAGCACUCCUAAAGCACUCGCAAUGUCACCAACAAAAUCUUCUGACAUUACUGUCGACGGUAAUUGUCAGGAAAACCAUACGGCCACAGACGAAUGUUUUACAUGCUUUGAAACGUGUACAUUACCAAAACAUAUUCAAGAAGUAGCUUUGAUUCAGUUAAGGGAAAAUGAAAGCGCUCGUAAGCAAGCUAUUUCAUCGUUCCGACAGUGGAUAUCAAAAAAUGCAGAUAUUCAAAACGUAAUUACCGAUGAAAAUUUUUUGUUACGAUUCUUGCGUGCUAAAAAAUUUAGUUUACCAAUGGCUCAACAAAUGUUGCUUAAAUAUUUAAAUCUUCGACAGAGAUUCUCAAUGUACUUCAUGGGUCUAGAUUGUAUGAUUCCAUCAAUUAGCGAACUUAUUGACUCCGGGUACAUGUUUGUAUCACCUUUUAGAGAUAACGAAGGUCGGCGAGUUAUAAUUGGUACUGCUAAAGGAUUCGAUCUUCGAAAAUAUAGUAAUAGAGACUUGGGUAUUGCACAUAUAAUUACCUAUGAGACAUUACUGAAUGAUGAAGUUAAUCAGGUCGUGGGAUUCACCCACUUCGGAGAUUUUGACACUAUAACUCCAGCGUAUAUAACUCUUUUCGCUCCAAAUGAAUUUGCCACUCUUAUCAAAUGGGGAGAGCAAUCAAUUCCUAUGAGACAUAAAGCAAUACACUUGUUGAACGUGCCAACACCGAUCAAGUUUGCUUAUGAUUAUUUCCGAUCAAGAAUCAGCCCAAAACUCAGUGCACGAAUGAAAAUAUACAAUUCACUUUCCGAAUUACAUGAGAAACUCGAUAAAAAAGUCUUACCCAAAGAAUAUGGUGGUGAAAUGCCAAUGGCCGAAAUGAUCAGAUUAUGGAAAAAAGAAUUGCUGGCAAAUAGAGAAAAAUUAUUAGCGUUGGACAAUAUGCGAUUAUUAUCAGAUAGAAACAUUAUAACAAGAAAAACGAAACCUGAAAUGAAUCAUAGUUUGAUUGCUGGAUUUGAUCAGAUAAAUGGCAGUUUUCGAAAACUUGAAGUAGAUUAAUAGUGAUAAUUAAUUAUAUAUUAUGUAAAUAAGUAAUUCAUUCGUAUCAUGUGAAAAACUUUAAAAUUUUA